CAAACAGUAAUGAGAGCUGUUCUUCAAAGAGUUACCAAAGCAAGCGUCACAGUGGAUGACAAGGUAGUUGGGUCCAUUGGGAAGGGCGUUUGUGUACUUUUGGGCAUCGGUACCGAUGACACUGACAAGGACAUUGACUACAUGGUCAACAAAAUUCUUAAUGUCAGAGUAUUUGACGAAAAUGGUAUCAUGUGGAAAAAGGGUGUCAAGGAUGCAGGUUUAGAGUUACUUUGCGUCUCCCAAUUCACACUUCAGGGGAUCACCACAAAAGGAAAUAAGCCUGAUUUUCACAAUGCCAUGAAAACCGAUCCUGCUAAAGCAAUGUACGAACAAUUUCUUCAAAAGCUUGGAAAAUCUUAUGAUCCAACUAAAAUCCAAGAUGGUGUUUUUGGUGCAAUGAUGCUCGUGGAUAUUGCCAAUGACGGUCCUGUCACUUUGGAAUUAGAUUCCAGAAAAUUCACCUACGAUAAAUAGACACGGAUGUCUACUUAAGAUGUAAUAAACUUGGACUAACAUGACAUAUAACACAA